AUGGCGCGGACCAAUAAGGCCAGGGUGUACAUUGGUUGCGCGCUCUUGCUGCUCCUCAUCCUCAUCAUAAUUGUGUGUAUUGCAGUCUCUGUGCGGCGCAGAUGUCCGAAUGACUCUUUCAGCAGAGGUGCUGUGGCUGCAGACUCAAAGAAAUGCUCAGAAAUCGGAAGGAACAUCCUUCAACAAGGAGGCUCUGCGGUAGAUGGCGCCAUCGCUGCGCUUCUCUGCACCUCCGUCAUGAACCCGCAGAGUGCGGGGAUCGGAGGAGGCUCCAUGAUCACAGUGAUGGACAGCUCUGGUGAGGUGAAAACCAUCAACUCCAGAGAGACUGCACCUUCAAACAUGAAGCCUGGUCUGCUGAACUCCUGUCCCACCAACCAUGCAGGUACCGAAUGGAUUGGAGUUCCAGGAGAUAUUCGAGGUUAUGAAAUGGCACACAAGCUCUAUGGAAAGCUGCCGUGGGCCGACCUCUUCCAGCCGACCAUCAAACUGGCCAGAGAAGGAUUCCCCAUUCCUAAACUUCUGGGCAGUUACAUCCCAUACAUCUUAAACUCAAACAAGACCAGAGCCCUGGAUUUAUUUUCAGAUAAGAAUGGAAACUUGCUGAAGACUGGAGACAUUGUGAAAUUUGAGAAACUGGCCGACACUUUGCAGAUGAUUGCAAAUCAUGGAGCAGAGAGUUUCUACACUGGGCAAAUUGCAAAGGAUUUAAUUGAUGAUGUUCAGGAGGCAGGAGGAACACUCACUCUGCAGGAUUUGAAAAACUAUAGUGCUACAGUUACUGAUGCGUGGGCUGUUCCUUUGGGAGAGUACCAGAUGUACAUACCACCACCCCCUGCCGGAGCAGUCCUCCUAGGCCUCAUUCUCAACAUCCUGAAAGGUUAA